AAAACACCCCCACGACCCAUUUUACUGUCUUCAUUUCGUUUGUAGUCUUGCUAAAAAAAACACGGGCUCGUGAUAAACAGAGCCGUGCAGGGAGAGCGCUCUCUAAGUAGCUCUGGUGAUGAGUAUCUAGAACCACCUGCUGUACGGGUUAUGUAGCAGCAUCCUUGACCUCCCGUAUUGACUCUGAGCUGACUUCAGUCUGAACCUGAACCACAUUACCCAGAACGCACCGCGCCGGCUCAGGGUUCACGGACCUAGCUGUCAGGCUAGCUGUCAGCUAACGUCUCUCAGCUCUUGUUUACCUGCCCUCAUAUCGCUGAUACUGUCCAAUGUUACUUUAUGAGUCCAACACGCGUGUAUCCUAAUUUCUCUGUCAUUUUUUAACUAUUCAUGAGUGUUUCAGACACUUUGGCGAACGAUAACCACGUUGUCCUGGAUUGUUGUGGAGGUUUGAGUAACCUGGAUUACAGCAAGGUGGACAUGUCGUUGCUAGGGGAGGUCGUGAGGCACGUGGACGUUAGCGACCCCCGGUUCUGUGUGGCCGUGCUCGCCGUCCUCUUCAACCCCUUCUUCUGGAACGUGGUGGCCCGCUGGGAGCACCGCACCCGGGCAACCUGAGGGGGACCGUCCAUGUUCCGCAGCCCCUCGCUGGCCUGCUACUGUCUGGGCGUCCUCAUCAUCCUGCUCAACGUCUACCGCAGCCACAGCAUGGCGGUGGUGAUGAAGGCCCAGCCCCGCUGGGAGCUCCUGGACCGAGUGGAGGUGUUCUACGCGGGGGCGGUCCUCAUGGCGGCCGGCGGCCUCCUGGUGCUCACCAGCUUCCUCAGCCUGGGCUUCACCGGGACCUUCCUCGGCGACUACUUUGGGAUUCUGAUGGAUGAGCCGGUGACCGGAUUCCCCUUCAGCCUGACAGAGAACCCCAUGUACUGGGGCAGCAGCGCCACCUACCUGGGCCUGGCCCUCAUCGGUGCCAGCCCGGUGGGACUGGUCCUCACUGCGGUGGUGUUCCUCUCCUACGCGGUGGCCAUCGCGUUCGAAGGACCGUUCACGCAGCAGAUCUACCGGGAGAGGAGCCAGCGCUGCAAGCACAAGUGA